AUGUUUCGUUUGACUUGUCGAAAUAUCGCAAGCAGGGCUAGUCUGAGCAGCGCCCGUCUCUCUGCCCGAUCUGCAAACCCAACAAUAACAACAACUUUGACCAGAUUCAUUUCUAAUUCCACCGCCCCCCUCAGUGCUACUGCUAGCACGGCCACCACUGAGGCUGAUCUUCUCAACGCUGCUGCAGCUGGUUCUGCCGUGUCCAAGCAACCCCCAGCCGACUCGCACAUGUUUAACUCAGUUAAGGAUGCUGAGAUUGUUCGCAGUAAGGAUGCUGAGCGACCCAUUUACCUGGACAUGCAAGCUACUACACCCACAGACCCCCGCGUUCUGGACGUGAUGCUGAAAUUCUACACAGGCCUAUAUGGUAACCCUCAUUCGAGCACACACGCAUAUGGUUGGGAAACAGAUACUGCCAUUGAGGAGGCCCGUGCGCAUGUUGCUAACCUGAUUGGCGCCGAUCCCAAGGAAAUUGUCUUCACUUCAGGCGCCACCGAGUCUAACAACCUUUCCAUCAAAGGUGUUGCGCGAUUUUACAAAAAUAAGAAGAAACACAUUAUCACCACUCAAACAGAGCACAAGUGUGUGCUGAAUGCAUGCCGCAGUCUUCAAGACGAUGGUUUUGAGGUGACCUAUCUACCCGUUCAAAAUAAUGGCCUUGUUGACCUGAAACUGCUGGAAGCCGAAAUCAGACCCGACACUGCGCUUGUAUCUAUCAUGUCUGUCAACAAUGAGAUUGGUGUUAUUCAACCUAUUGAGGAGAUUGGUCGUCUCUGUCGUUCGCGCAAGGUGUUUUUCCACACCGAUGCUGCACAAGCUACUGGUAAGAUCCCCAUUGAUGUCAAUAAGCUGAAUGUUGAUCUUAUGAGCAUCUCUGCCCAUAAGAUUUAUGGUCCCAAAGGCAUUGGUGCUCUUUAUGUCCGCCGCAGACCCAGAGUUAGACUCGAUCCCCUUAUUUCUGGUGGAGGCCAGGAGCGUGGCCUGCGAAGUGGUACAUUGGCCCCUCCUCUUGUUGCUGGCUUUGGUGAAGCUUGCCGAAUCGCAAAGGAGGAGAUGCCAUACGACUCUGCCCACAUUAAGCGACUUUCGGAUCGUCUUAAGAAGGAACUUCUUUCACUGGACCACACAAUUUUGAAUGGUGACCCUGAGGCCCACUAUCCUGGCUGUAUUAAUAUUUCAUUUGCAUACAUUGAGGGUGAGUCACUGUUAAUGGCUCUCAAAGACAUUGCCCUUAGUUCGGGCUCUGCUUGUACAUCCGCAUCUCUCGAGCCCUCCUAUGUGCUUCACGCUCUUGGUGCUGACGAUGCUCUUGCACACUCCAGUAUCCGCUUUGGCAUUGGUCGCUUUACCACUGAGGCCGAGAUUGACUAUGUUAUUAAGGCUGUGAGAGAACGCGUUAACUUUUUGCGUGAGUUGUCGCCACUUUGGGAGAUGGUUCAGGAGGGUAUUGAUCUCAAUUCGAUUGAGUGGUCUGGUCAUUAG